CAUUAGUGUGCUAGGGAGAACAACACACCAGGCAAGCAGCAACCCAGAACAUCAGAACUCAGCUGUCAUAGACGCUGGCAGCGGGCAUCAGCUCUGCAGCCUGGAGAGCAGAGAAGAUGGCCCUCCGUGUAGCUCUGGGGCUCUUGAUAGCAGGGAUCUGCCCUGUUGUCCUCUGUCAAUCAGAUGGCACAUUGAGAAGAGACACCGAAGUCCAUGAAGACCAAAACAAUGGGACACAAAUGGACAGUCUGACACUGGCCUCCAUCAACACUGACUUUGCCUUCAGCCUCUACAAGGAGCUGGCUUUGAAGAAUCCAAAUAAAAAUGUUGUCUUCUCCCCACUCAGCAUCUCAGCUGCCUUGGCCAUCCUGUCCCUGGGAGCAAGGAGCAAAACCCAGGAAGAGAUUCUAGGAGGUCUCAAGUUCAAUCUCACACAGACCCCGGAGGCAGACAUCCACAGGGGCUUUGGGCACCUCCUCCACAUGCUCAGUCAGCCAGGAGACCAGGUGAAUAUCAGCAUAGGCAGCAUGAUAUUUGUUGAAAAGCACCUGCAGAUCCUGGCAGAGUUCAAGGAGAAGGCAAGGGCACUGUACCAGGCUGAGGCCUCUGUGACUGACUUCCAACAGCCUCAUGAGGCCAAAAAACUCAUCAAUGACUAUGUGAGCAAACAGACCCAGGGGAAGAUCAAGGAACUGAUCUCAGACCUGGAUAAUCAGACAGUAAUGGUGCUGGUGAACUACAUCUACUUUAAAGGAAAAUGGAAGAUGCCCUUUGACCCUGAAGAUACUUUCGAGGCCAAGUUCUACUUGGGCAAGAGGAGGACUGUGAAGGUGCCUAUGAUGAAAAUUGAGGACUUGACUACACCCUACUUCUGGGAUGAGGCUCUGUCCUGCUCUGUGGUGGAGCUGAAGUACACAGGCAAUGCCAGCGCCCUGUUCAUCCUCCCUGACGAGGGCAGGAUGCAGCAGGUGGAAGCCAGCUUGCAACCAGAGACCCUGAGAAAAUGGAAGGACUCUCUGAGGCCCAGGAUGAUUGAUGAGCUCUACAUGCCCAAGUUCUCCAUCUCCACUGACUACUGCCUGGAGAAAAUCCUUCCACAACUGGGCAUCAGGAAAGUCUUUUCCACACAGGCUGACCUGUCUGGGAUCACAGGGGCCAAGGACCUGAGUGUCUCUCAGGUGGUCCACAAGGCUGUGCUGGACGUGGCUGAGACAGGCACAGAAGCAGCUGCUGCCACAGGAGUCAAAUUCGUCUUCUUGUCUGCAACAUUGGACCCAUUUAUUUUGAGUUUUGACAGGGCAUUCCUGAUGAUUAUCUUUGACACAAAUACUCAGACUCCACUGUUUUUGGCCAAGAUCACAAACCCCAAAAAAGGCUAGAACUUCCCAAGUGGUAAGCCUUCUUCCUGGGAGCCAGGAAUUGAGCCUGUAUGUGGAUCUCUAUGUGCAUUUUGGUUUCCAUGCUCUGGUUGGCUGUGGCAUGCCUGGACUGGACAGUGACAGUGACUAACUGUAUGACUCAAACAUGCACAGGGGACUGGGGACAGUCAGUGUCAGGCUCCCAGUCCUCCUGGCAGCACUGACUCAUGUUCCUGAGCCUGAAUUCUGUCUUUGUUACCCUCCUACUGCCAUUCCUUUAUCUGCCUCUACCCAAAAGCCUGGGCCCUGGCAGAUAGGCUCAGUCCCUAUCUAGGCUGUGGUGAUAUCUGCCUUCAGCUUCCGCGGACUGGAUAGGACUAUGCAAACUUAUAGGUCAAUCAUGUGAACCUCAGUCCCAGCACUGAGAAGGACACCUGCCGCCUGGAGUCUUCUUCCAACAUCUGGGACCACUGUGUGCCCAGUUCCUGCCUCAAACUCUGCCUCUUGUGUCCCUUGCAGGGGCUCCUGACCCUCCCCACAUCUGGAAAAUUUUGGAUCCCUUAUUCCUGAAGCUCAUGGAGUCAGUUGGUCAGACCAGUUCCUUUCCCCCUAGUACACCUACUUAAGGCACAGGAGCCUUUUUCUAGGUUCCCCACUGACCAACCUCACACAACAGAUGGAUGCCUCCACCUUCCUCACCCAAAAUGCAGGGCUUGGAGCCAAGGAUCAAUAAACAUAUAACUGCACAGAAAGUGUCCAGGCCGUGUUCACUCAGCUCCUAUUGGCAGGGGUAUGGCCUCUAGUGACCACAGAGUAGUAGAGAUUGUCGCUCACAGUCUGUGACUCAUGUGUUGGACCUCUAACUUACAUGCUUAUUGCAGCUCAAAGGGCUUGUGGUCAAGGCCUAGGACCAAGCCCAAAUGCCCCCUUGUUAAAAUCAGAUUUGUAUGGAACUGAAGUUAUAUGAACACCCUUAUACCCAUCAGCAGAUUCGUUCACUUUCAACACAUGGCAUACAUGUGUGCACACAUAUAUGUUCAUAUAUACACAUCCAUCUGUACAUACACACACACACACACACACACACACACACACACACACACACACACACCUCCUUAUCUUCCCCCCUCUGGAAUGUUUUGAAGUGAAUUCUACACCUUCUUGUUUUCUAAGAAUUUUCCCUCUCCCCCACCAUAUAGACUCAUGUGACAUAGAAGCAGGCAUUCUGAAGUAUUCAGCAUGGUGACAGUUAGUUCCCUGAGCUCCCAAUGCUGUGCAGCUCUUGGCUAUGAAGGGAGCUGGAGCGGGUUAGGUUUUCAAGCACUGACUUUUCCUCAAACAACAAAAAUUCCUCAAAGUGUUUGCCAGUGACAGCAAAGCCAAAAGGCAUACCAAGGACGACAGUAAAAUGUCAUUAAUUAGGUCAGAAUCCUCAUGAGAUGGGUUUGCCUUUCUGGGGAGGGCACUGGAACUCGAACUCAGAGCCUAACAAAUACUGAGAAAACACCCUCACACUGAGUCACCCCAGCCCUGUUCUUACAUUUCUGCUUUGACACAGUGCCUCACUAGGCUGCCCUGAUUAAACUCACUAUCACAUAGCUCCUCCUUGGCCCCAAAGAAGGAGCAGAUGAAAUGACACGAAAAUGUGCUUCUCUGUCUCCUCACUGUGGGAGGGCAAAGCCAGUGAACUGUCAAGGAGAGGCCACAGCUGGAAAAGUCCUCCCCAGCAGGCCUGAGGAGGGCACAGAAGAGCACUGCUCUCCACUCCCAAAGACUCUAGGUGGAACCUGCUCCCCCUGCCCAGCCUUGGCCCUCCCACUUCACUAAAGUUCCAGUGAACAAAGACACAGCAGCUGGGCCUUCCCUCUGCCUGUCCUGGCCUUUCCCAUCAUUGGAGUUCAGAAAACCUCCCCUCAGGUCUCACAUUUCCCUCCUGCCUGGGCCUAGUAUAGUUUUUAUCCACCAACAUGAUUUUCCAGUUGGUCUAGCUUCAAACUAUUUUAGUCACUUCUGAAUGGAUUCCAGAGCCCCUGAUGAGUCACCCCCAUCGCCCCUCUCCAUAGCUCCCGACAAUCGUUACACUUCGCAUGCAUAUUAAUUCCCACGUUCUGCAUAUUGCAUGCUCUGUGAUGGAGUCACAUCACACAGACCCUACUGUGUCUGGCUUCCACUGAGCUCAUGGGUGGGCUCACACACACUGCAACAGGAAAUGGCACCUCUUUCCUUUGUCUAGCAUACUAACAGUGUUUGGCUAGAGCAGGGUGCUCAUCCAUUCAUUGGUUGGUAGGCCCUUGAGUUGUAAGCCCUUGACUGACGAUGAAGAACCGUCAUGGGAACUGGCAGCAGCACCUGUCAAGUCCUUAGUUCCUGUUCCUCUGAGGACAUACCUAAAGUGGAAGAGCUGCAUCAUGGGACUGUCAACCUUUCCAAAGAUGUCACCCCUUUCUACGUUCCUACUGGCUGUGUAAGAAGGCUUUGAAUUCUACCUACCCACAAAGACACUAAUUACCUUCCUUUUACGUUUUUA